UUACUUUGAGUGCGUGUGAAGAGAGACUAAUCUGAUUUUGCCUUGUUAACAUCUUGUUGUUUGAUAAAAGUCGAAAGGCAGCCAUGGCAGCAAAUCCCAAGCCUCCUCAUCUUCUUUUCCUUCACCUUCUCUUGCUCUCCACACUUUCUUUACAGAUCACAGCAUCACCGGCAACACAAGCAGAAGCUCUUGUAAAAUGGAAAAACAGCCUCUCCCCUCUUCCCGGCCCUCUUCUAACUUCAUGGUCCCUCGCCAACCUCAACAACCUUUGCAACUGGACAAGCAUUGCCUGCAACGACUCAACCGGAACAGUCUCCGAGAUAAACCUCUCAGGUGCCAAGCUCAACGGAACACUGGCCCACUUCAACUUCACUCCGUUCCUUAAUCUCACCCGCUUCGACCUCAGCCACAACAAUCUCAGCGGACCAAUGCCUUCGGAGAUAGGCCGGCUAACGGAGCUUCAGUAUGUAAGUCUUCUCGACAACCAUCUCGAUGGGACAAUCCCAUAUCAGAUUAGCAAUCUUCAAAAGGCAUGGUACAUAGACCUUGGAUCAAACUUCUUGGUAAAUCCUGAUUGGUCUAAGUUUUCUGCCAUGCCAUUGUUGACCCAUCUUGGGUUCAAUUCCAAUAAACUCGCUUCAGGGUUCCCAGGAUUUAUACUUGAUUGUAAGAACUUGACUUACUUGGAUUUAUCCCAGAAUCACUUGACUGGACCAAUACCAGAAUCUGUAUUUACCAAUCUGGGCAAGCUUGAAUACCUUGAUCUUUCUGCUAAUUUAUUCCAAGGGCCAUUGUCACCAAACAUUUUCCACCUUUCCAAGCUCCAAACUCUUUAUCUGGAUACAAAUCAGUUCUCUGGCUCAAUUCCAUCCGAGAUUAGGAACUUGAAAGAUUUGCUGAAUUUAUCACUUUCAGAAAACCACCUCUCUGGCCCAAUUCCACCGGAAAUAGGCCUAUUGACAAAGCUCCAAAUUCUUUAUCUGUAUAAAAAUCAGUUCUCUGGCUCAAUUCCAUCGGAGAUUGGGAACUUGAAAGAUUUGCUGAAUUUCACACUUUCAGAAAACCACCUCUCUGGCCCAAUUCCACCGGAAAUAGGCCUAUUGACAAAGCUCCAAACUCUUUAUCUGCAUAAAAAUCAGUUCUCUGGCUCAAUUCCAUCCGAGAUUGGGAACUUGAAAGAUUUGCUGGAUUUAGCACUUUCAGAAAACCACCUCUCUGGCCCAAUUCCACCGGAAAUAGGCUUAUUGACAAAGCUCCAAACUCUUUAUCUGCAUACAAAUCAGUUCUCUGGCUCAAUUCCAUCCGAGAUUGGGAACUUGAAAGAUUUGCUGAAUUUAUCACUUUCAAGAAACCACCUCUCUGGCCCAAUUCCACCGGAAAUAGGCCUAUUGACAAAGCUCCAAACUCUUCAUCUGUAUAAAAAUCAGUUCUCUGGCUCAAUUCCAUCGGAGAUUGGGAACUUGAAAGAUUUGCUGGAUUUAGAUCUUUCAGAAAACCACCUCUCUGGCCCAAUUCCACCGGAAAUAGGCCUAUUGACAAAGCUCCAAACUCUUUAUCUGUAUACAAAUCAGUUCUCUGGCUCAAUUCCAUUCGAGAUUGGGAACUUGAAAGAUUUGCUGGAUUUAGAUCUUUCAGAAAACCACCUCUCUGGCCCAAUUCCACCGGAAAUAGGCCUAUUGACAAAGCUCCAAACUCUUCAUCUGUAUACAAAUCAGUUCUCUGGCUCAAUUCCAUCCGAGAUUGGGAACUUGAAAGAUUUGCUGGAUUUAUAACUUUCAGAAAACCACCUCUCUGGCCCAAUUCCACCGGAAAUAGGCCUAUUGACAAAGCUCCAAACUUUUCAACUGUAUACAAAUCAGUUCUCUGGCUCAAUUCCAUCCGAGAUUGGUAACUUGAAAGAUUUGCUGGAUUUAUCACUUUCAAUAAACCGCCUCUCUGGCCCAAUUCCACCGGAAAUAGGCCUAUUGACAAAGCUCCAAACUCUUUAUCUGUAUACAAAUCAGUUCUCUGGCUCAAUUCCAUCCGAGAUUGGGAACUUGAAAGAUUUGCUGGUUUUAGUACUUUCAGAAAACCACCUCUCUGGCCCAAUUCCACCGGAAAUAGGCCAAUUGACAAAGCUCCAAACUCUAUAUCUGCAUACAAAUCAGUUCUCUGGCUCAAUUCCAUCCGAGAUUGGGAACUUGAAAGAUUUGCUGAAUUUAUCACUUUCAAUAAACCGCCUCUCUGGUCCAAUCCCACCGGAGAUUGGAAAUAUGACAUCGCUGCAGAUUCUUAAUCUCAGCAUUAACCAACUCUAUGGGGAGUUGCCGGACACCAUUUCUCGCCUCACUAAUUUAACAUCAAUCUCUCUUUUGAUCAAUAACUUCUCAGGCACUAUUCCGAGUGACUUUGGGAAGUAUAGUAAUCUGAGCCAUGUUAGCUUUUCCUACAACAGCUUCUCUGGAGAAUUGCCACCUGAAUUGUGCAGCAGCUUUGGUCUUCAUAAUUUCACAGUGAAUAACAACAACUUCACAGGGCCAUUGCCAGAGUGCUUGAGAAAUUGCAAGCAACUAAAGAGAGUGCGGGUUGAUGGGAACCGAUUCAAUGGAAACAUUACAAAUGCAUUUGGAUUUCAUCGAAAUCUUAGUGUGAUUUAUCUUAGUGACAAUCAAUUUGUUGGUGAAAUCUCAGCGGCAUGGGGAGAAUGUGAAUCUCUCACUAAUUUGCAGAUGGACAGAAACAGAAUUUCUGGGAAAAUCCCAUUAGAGCUUGGAAAGUUGACUCGACUGGAGGUUUUGAAUCUGGACUCCAACGAAUUGUCCGGGGAAAUUCCAACUGUACUUGGAAAUCUAAGCCUGCUGUACAAGCUCAAUCUGGGCAGGAACCAUUUGACAGGAGAGAUUCCUCAGAGUCUAGGCAGUUUGACUGAACUUAGCAAUCUUGAUUUGUCUAGAAACAGUUUGACUGGGAACAUACCAAAAGAACUUGGGAACUGUGGUAAAUUAUUGAUGUUGGACUUGAGCAACAACAACCUGUCAGGGGUAAUACCAUCCGAGCUUGGUAACUUACUCAGGUUGCAGUUAUUGUUGGACCUCAGCAGCAAUCGACUCUCAGGAAAUAUUCCUCAAAACCUUGCGAAGCUUUCAUCAUUGGAGAGUCUUAAUGUGUCACAUAACCAACUUUCAGGGGAAAUCCCAUUAUCGUUUACUGGCAUGGUUAGUCUACGCAACACCUCCAUCGAUUUUUCAUACAACAAUUUAACAGGUUCGAUCCCAACUAGUACAGUUUUCAAAGAUGCACCUGCGAAAGCUUAUGUUGGAAACUCAGAUUUGUGCGGAGAUGCAGAAGGACUAUCUACUUGUUACACAGAUUCCAGAAAGAAAAAACAUUCUAAUACAACUCUAUUAGUUGUCCUCGUUCCUAUCUGUGGCCUAUUGCUGCUUGCAAUCAUUGUUGCUGGACUCAUAAUAUGUUAUUGGAGGACAAAACCCCUUGAUGGAGAAAGCAUAGCAAUUUUAGAGUUUGAGCAGAAGGCUGAGUCACUGAUAUGGGGAAGAAAAUGUAAAUUCACAUUUCGGGAUAUCGUGAAGGCCACGGAAAACUUCCAUGAGGAGUAUUGCAUUGGAAAAGGAGGAUUUGGAAGCGUUUACAAAGCGGCAUUGCCAACAGGUCAGAUUGUUGCAGUUAAAAGAUUUAACUUGUCAGACUCCGGUGACAUCCAAGCGACCAGUCUUAAGAGUUUUGAGAAUGAGAUUCGCAUGUUGAUAGAAGUCAGGCACCGCAAUAUCAUUAGGCUUUAUGGGUUCCGUUCCAUUAGGGGGUGCACGUACUUGGUUUAUGAAUACGUAGAGAAAGGCAGUUUGGGAAAUGUAUUGUAUGGGGUGGAAGGGAAAGCAGAACUUGACUGGGGUAGACGACUGAAAAUCGUGCAAGGUGUGGCUCAUGCAAUUGCUUACUUGCACCAUGAUUGCUCUCCUCCAAUUGUGCACCGGGACAUAACUGUGAACAACAUAUUGUUGGAGUUAGAGUUCGAACCGCAGCUCUCAGAUUUUGGCAUUGCAAGAUUGUUAAGUUCAGAUACCACAACAGUUGCUGGGACUUAUGGCUACAUGGCUCUGGAAAUCGCAUUCACGACGACGAUAACAGAUAAAUGCGAUGUUUAUAGCUUUGGAGUGGUGGCAUUAGAAGUUAUGAUGGGAAGGCACCCAAAGGAGCUCUUAUCUUCCCUGUUAUCGUCCAAAUCAACAACGGCAGUAUUAGACAAUACAUAAUUUCUUCUAAAAGAUGUGCUAGAUCAAGGACUCCCACAACCCACAGGCCAAAUUGCGCAAGAGGUGGCAAUUGUGGUGACUAUAGCCUUACAAUGCGUGGGUGACAAGCCAGAGUCACGACCCACCAUGAGUUUUGUGGCACAAGAACUGUCAGCUCGAAUCCAAGCUAGCUUGCAAUUCCUACCCAAUCGACAAGAUGACCGUUAGAAUUUAGCAAGCUUACAACUUAGAAGCCUUUACAAAUAGAACAAAUUGGCAUUGUAGGGUACGUUGUGAUUAGGAUUUGGCAGAGCUAUAGCGAGGCCUAGAAUUUAUUUUGCAUUAAUAUUUCCCUCUCAUUCUGGUAGCAUUUAGUAAAUUAAAAUGUUGGACUUUAAUGUAUGUUUCGUUUGUUAAUGUUUUUUAAA